GGAGGCGGGAGGCACAUGAGGCAACGCAGACUCCCAUCUUCUAACCGGACACCCUGCAUCCAUCUCAGCACCUUUGCUUUUACAACAGGGUGAUUCUUCUCACAUUUAAUUCAUUCAAAACAGUUUAACCGAGGUCUAGUUAAGCAAGUUCUGUCUGUUUGUGGGUGUGAAAAACCAAGAACACUUCAUAUGUGAGCUUAUGCGUUUCCUGAUUAGUGAGACAACAACACAGUGCUCACAACUGACUGGAGCUAGCAGCAUGAUGAGAUCAACGUAAUGUAAAGAACAUGAGACAGAAUGACAGGAAAAACCUCGACUUUCUGGCAACUUCAGAGUUGUGAACUACAUCCAGAGCAGAUGAUUUUGGAGAUAAAAAGCCAUUACUGAGCUUGAUAUGAUGGGUAGCAUCAGUCUGUUCAUUCUGCUGAUUCACUAUGCAUCCAUGUGCUGGGCUUUCCUGCCCAACUUCUGGUCUCGAGCGCUGACAUUGUCCUGGGACUCUUAUACACACCAGUAUAUGACCGAGCAGGCUCUGCUCAAUGUCACCAUGGAGACUAUUAACAUGAUGCCUGAACACUUUGGAGGUCAGGAGCAGGUUGACCUGGGUCGGGCAUUUUGGAAAUCCAUGGGUGAGGUGGUGAGCGCCAAUGCUGCAAUGGACUUCCUGAGUUCUACACGAUCUGACCCCGUGUAUCACUUUGACUCAGAGAGAGUAGAAGGAAGCAUAGAGAUGAUGCGAGACUUCUGGAAGCAGGCGGUUCUGUUGACUAAGAAGAAGGAUUAUCAGGGAGCGAGAUAUAUCCUGGGACAGCUCCUCCAUGGCUUACAGGACUUUUAUAGCCACAGCAACUGGGUGGAAAUGGGACUGAGUACUGAGUACCUUCAUCUGUUGGACCCUAAAGAGCCGGCAGUACCUGUAGCUUCAGAGUACACUCCUACCUGUGCUGCAUGCCAUCGAUUCAGUUGUUACAAUAAUUUAUUGGAAGAUCUUGUCAGGGGUCCACCAAAGCCUCUUCUGACCACUGGAUAUUUCAGCACUUACCCAGCCAAACCGAUAGGGAAGUGCAGCCAUGGUGGUAUUCUGGACAGCAGUCGUCACCAGGCAGCUGAGGGUGGCAUUAAUAAGGACAGCACGUCCCCUGUCUUCUCCCCACACCACUUCCUCCACAAAGAAGCUGCCCAGCUUGCUUCCAAGGCAACUGUCAGAGUGCUCCGUGACCUCAGAGAUGAGGUGGGGCCCAAGAGCUUCCUCAGGUUCCUCAGUGUCAAACAGCCUCCAGCCCUGGUGUUUGUCAUGGACACUACAGGUAGCAUGUUUGAGGAGAUCACAGCUGCUCGUCUCCGUGCCCUGUCCAUCAUUCAGGCACGAGAGAGGAAUCAUGCUCCUGGGCUUCCUGGCACUUUCCUACUCAUCCCCUUCCAUGACCCAGCUGUAGGCCCGGUGUUAGAGACAGAUGACCCCAAUGAAUUCCAGCAGUUCAUGGAGAAUUUAAUGGCUCUUGGUGGAGGAGAUGAACCAGAGAUGUGUCUCUCUGCUGUUCAGCUGGCUCUUAUCCAUAGUCCACCUCUGUCUGAGAUUUUUGUUUUCACUGAUGCAUCCCCUAAGGACAGCCACCUGUACAGCACCGUCAAAGCUCUCAUUUUAGAAAAACAAAGCAAGGUGACCUUCCUGUUGACUGAAGACCCAAGUCAUAGCGAAAAAGUGACAAGCAAGAGGAUGAGGAGAGCGACCUUAUCUCCUGACAGAUUCUCUCUGUACUCCUCUCUGUCCUCCUUAUCUGGAGGGAUGACCAUCUUCACCACUAACAGAGAUAUUCAUAAAGCUUCAGCCAUUGUGGAAGACAGCACCACUUCCAGCAAGGUGACUCUGUUUCAUGCAGAAAGUGAGGCAGAUUCAUCACACAUCUUCACAGUCGACCACACUGUCAGAUCUGUUAGGCUCCUUAUUGCUGGAAAACUCACAACUUGUGUCCUCAUCAACCCUACAGGUGCCCGUCAGUCUCUUCUUAGUGAAGCAGGUCCUCUGGGCGAGCUGGAUCGGUCUGACGGUCUGUAUCGAGUCAGGCUUCUGCCACCUGUAGAACCUGGCCAGUGGCAGCUCAGCGUCACAUCCCAUGGACCAAUCACAUUUAAUGUCUUAGGAGAAAGCACAUUGGACUUUUUCUAUUACUUUGCAGUAGUGGCAAAUGAGACUCACCCAGGGCUGCAGAGAGUAGAAGGCAGUCCUAUUGCAGGUGUACCAGUAUUUUUAGUGGUGGCUGUAACAGGCCUGUCCACCAAUGAUGAAGCCACUUUCAGUCAUGUGACCUUGCUAGGGUCCAAUGGUGAAAUCUUUCAGAAGGUAUUACUGAAUUCUUCGACGUCGAAUUGGUCAGGAGAGGAGCUGGUCAGCUUCAUUGACUCAGUUCCCAGGAAGCCCUUCAGUGUGCGUCUCUGUGGAAAAGACAGAAGGGGGAAUGAGCUUGAAAGAGUUUCCGCUGAGCUGGUUCAGCCCACACAUGUACAUAUUAUGGUGCUCUCAGCUCCUCAUCUUCUUCCAGGUCAUCACUCCACAGUUUUGUUUGAAGUGUUUAACCAUGGUCCUGCCCGUCAUUUCAUAGUGACUGCUGAAGAUGACCGUGGCUUCCUUUCGCACGGCAAACACCACAGGUUGGUUAUAGGAGAGCGAGGAUCUGCGAGGGAGGAGGUCAAGCUGUGGACUCCACACUCCACCCAGGCAGGUCAGACACUUACAGUGACCCUCACAGUCCAGGCACAUGACUCACCAGAUACCAACUACGCUGUUGUAUAUCUUCUGGUUUUACCAGAGGAGCCUGACUUUUCUCCUCCAUCAUGUUCUGUGAUGCAUGUGGAGUCAGACUGCCCUCCACUUCCUCAGUGUUUUCUGGGUAACUGGAGUAUCUACAUGACAGUGAAGGACAGAGGUCACUCUGGCCUGGCAAGCAUACAACUUGCUGUAGGACAGGGCACCCUCAUGCUGCUCCAUGACGAGGCCACUGGGAAAAAUGAAUACUCUCUGACACAGCUCCCUGAGGAAACAUAUGUAAGCCCCCUGAAACAGCUCCAUGAGGAAGCAGUAAGGCAUCAGCUGCACAGACACUCAGCACGGCUCAAGCAUAGAGCUCACAGACUAGCAAAAGUCACAUUAGUGCAUGGCGACCCCCCACUGAACAUUAGUAAGUGGGCUAGGAGAAAGCACAUAAUGCUGCUCUAUACUUCAGACUGCUGUGUCCCUCAGGCAGGGCUGCUUGUGUGGGAUGGAGCAGGGAAUAUGAGGAACUGCAGCCUGACAGCCAGCCAACAGAGGGCACUGAGAGAGAAAAACAGUGCAAAUGGGAUUACACAUACACUUCUAACACUUGUUGUAUGGACCUUGUUAGAAUUGGGCACCAUUUGUGCAUAGCAAAUCUUAAACGUCAUCCCAAAAGUGCUAUAAAAUGAGUUAUAUAAACUAAACUGAAAAAUGAAUAAACACUGAAACUGUUGGAUUUUGAAGAAAUAAUUUUUAAUAUUGUGUGGCAUGCUGACCUAAGGCGUAGUGUUGCUGCUUUACAGCUCUAGGGUCACUGGUUCUUGGGCUUGGGUUUCUGGUUUCCUCCAACCUCUCAAAAACAUGCCAGUAGGUCAAGGGUGUAUCCUGGGAUAAGCUCCGGAUCUGGAUAUUUUGAAUAUUUUACAGGCACUUAUGGCUUGAAUAUGUCUGGGUAGAUGUGUUAAUGGACUCCUCAACAAUGAUUUGUAUGAAUAGCCAUAAACAAAAUAAAUAUGUACAAUAUAUAUAUAAAAAUAUGUAUAAAUGUGUAUUAUUGUCUUUACAUUUCUUACAUAAGAUACAUUCCAA